GCCGGGGUGGUCGCGGCCGUGUCGCCGGGGCCCGCCGCGGCAGCCACCGCAGGGGCAAGCGACUUUGGGGGAGUUGGUGCCCCGCCCCCCCAGGCCUCGGCGGGGUCAUGGGGGCCCUGCGUUCUGGGCCAGGGGGCGUGCGAGUCGGGGCCCUACUGCUGCUCGGCGCCCUGGGGCUGGUGUCUGGGCUCAGCCUGGAGCCUGUCUACUGGAAUUCGGCAAAUAAGAGGUUCCAGGCGGAGGGUGGCUAUGUGCUCUACCCUCAGAUCGGGGACCGGCUAGACUUGCUCUGCCCCCGAGCCCGGCCUCCUGGCCCCCACUCCUCUCCUAAUUAUGAGUUCUACAAGCUGUACCUGGUAGGGGGGGCCCAGGGCCGGCGCUGUGAGGCACCUCCUGCCCCAAACCUGCUUCUCACUUGUGACCGGCCAGACCUGGAUUUGCGCUUCACCAUCAAGUUCCAGGAGUAUAGCCCUAACCUCUGGGGCCAUGAGUUCCGCUCGCACCACGAUUACUACAUAAUUGCCACGUCGGAUGGGACCCGGGAAGGCCUGGAGAGCUUGCAGGGAGGCGUGUGCCUCACCAGAGGCAUGAAGGUGCUUCUCCGAGUGGGACAAAGUCCCCGGGGAGGGGCGGCCCCCAGGAAGCCUGUGUCUGAAAUGCCCAUGGAGAGAGACCGGGGGGCGGCCCACGGCCUGGAGCCUGGGAAGGACAACAUGCCAGGUCUGUUCCUCUUCCCUAGCAGUCCCCUCCCGAGGCUCCUCUUACCGGCUCCUCUUACCCUCUCGGCUUCUUAUCCUAGGCCUCUCCCUAGGCCUCUCCCAUCUCCCUGGGUGGGUUGGGGGGAGGUGCAAGCAUUCUCCCCUCAGCUCCCUCUUCUGACCUCUCUUACCAACUGCUCCCCUCAGUCUGCCAAAAAUGCGGGCCUCGCGGGGAAGGCUCUGGCUCUGGUGCUGCACCCCAGCUCUGGGCAUGGGCGGCAGGGCCUCCUUCUCCGCCCUGCCCCAGGCCUCUACCUACUCCAGCCCUCUGGGGUGGUUGGGUCAUGACAGCUGCCAGGAGAAGAGGUGUCCUGUUUUGUCAGUGGCCAGCAGCAAGAUAUGAACUAGUUGGGACACACACAGUGCGCAGAUUUUGGUCUGACACUGAAUGGGCCACUUGGGACAGGAAGUGACUGGCUCCAGACAAGAAGUGACCGGGCCUGGACAGAAGUGGCCUGGCAAGUGGCGGAAGCAGUGCAGCGGGCACUGGAAGUGCCUUCAUCCAGGACAGGAAGUAGCGCUUCUGAAAGAGGAAGUGGUCUGGCUGGAAAUUGAAGUGGCUUAGUCUGGGGGGCGGGGUUGGGAAGGGAGAGGGUGCUCUGGUGGCUGGUUCUUACUCUGUGGAGAAGUUGGGGCGGUGGGGGGGGGGGGACAGGAAGGACUUCCUGUUGCAGGAGGAAGCUGGAACUUACUGGCUGUAAGAAGACAGGGUGGACUGAGGAGGAUUUUCCUAGUCUUCAGUGGCACUUCCCGGGAUCUCCCUUCCCCGUUCCCUCUGCUGCUUUUAGGACAGCUAGGGUGACUGCCAUAGCUGUGGCAGGCCUAGUUUGUCCCCUUCUUCUUCCCUCUCCCUACCCCAGUAUAACCUCUGUCAAUCAACAGGACUAUCGAGAACCCACAUGUUGUCCCCAGUAACCCAGAGGGCUGUCUUGUCCAUCACAUCGUCCACUUCCUCGUCCCUUCAAACUCAACACAGCUCCCUUCUUAGUGACCAAAAUGGUGGCCUACUGACUGGUCUAGCUGCCGGUGGUACUUAGCAACCGCCACCGUUUCCAUGGUGACCAGCUCAUACCUCUACCUGCCCUGUAGUGCACAAAUCGGGUGUUGCCUUCUUUUUCCUCCUAGCUCUGUUCCAUUAGAUCAGAGCUGCCCUUGGGCACCAAGUCGGCCACCUCAAUCACCAGCCAAGAUGGUUACUUUGUCCACCAGAGGUCAAAUCAUCUCUCUGGUACUGUAGCUCCCAGCUCCUUCCUGAUUUUGCUAAUCACUCCUUCCAGAGGACAGGAAGUUGAUAUUGCCAUGGGGGAGGUGGCGGGUGAUGGCCGUCACCUCAGUAGUUUUACUGUAAAAGGGAAAUUUGAACAACAAAAACCAAAAAAAAAAAAAAAAAAAAAAG